CGCGCUCCGGCAUCGCGGCGCGGACGCACGCACGAACGUCCACCCGGCUGACCCGGCAGUGCCAAGACCCAACGAUGACUCUGAAUAAUGUCACCCUGCGCCAGGGCACUGUGGGCAUCCAGCCACAGCAGCAGCGCUGGAGCAUCCCGGCUGAUGGCAGGCAUCUGAUGGUCCAGAAGGAGCCCCACCACCGCACCCGUCACUCUGCUAACCCCGAGGACCACUGCCGGCGGAGCUGGUCUUCCGACUCCACAGACUCAGUCAUCUCCUCUGAGUCAGGGAACACCUACUACAGGGUGGUGCUCAUAGGGGAGCAGGGGGUGGGCAAGUCCACUCUGGCCAACAUCUUUGCGGGCGUGCACGACAGCAUGGACAGCGACUGCGAGGUGCUGGGAGAAGAUACAUAUGAGCGAACCCUGAUUGUUGAUGGAGAAAGUGCAACAAUUAUACUCCUGGACAUGUGGGAAAAUAAGGGAGAGAAUGAAUGGCUCCAAGACCACUGCAUGCAAGUUGGGGAUGCCUACCUGAUUGUCUACUCCAUCACAGACCGCACGAGUUUCGAGAAGGCAUCUGAGUUGCGAAUCCAGCUCCGCAGGGCCCGGCAGACAGAGGACAUUCCUAUCAUCUUGGUUGGCAACAAAAGUGACUUGGUGCGGUGCCGGGAAGUGUCUGUUUCAGAAGGGAGAGCGUGCGCUGUGGUGUUCGACUGCAAGUUCAUUGAGACCUCUGCAGCUGUCCAGCACAACGUGAAGGAGCUGUUCGAGGGCAUCGUGCGGCAGGUCCGCCUUCGGCGUGACAGCAAGGAGAAGAACGAGCGGAGGCUAGCCUAUCAGAAAAGGAGGGAGAGCAUACCCAGGAAAGCCAGGCGCUUCUGGGGCAAGAUUGUGGCCAAAAACAACAAGAAUAUGGCCUUCAAGCUCAAGUCCAAGUCCUGCCAUGACCUCUCUGUGCUCUAGGUGCCCACAAUCACAUCACCUAGAUGUCCUCCUGGAUGGACAUUGCUGAAGGCCAUUGGGACCAAUAAUCUAUAUUAGAUUGGAUACUGAAGUAUUGUUAGAUGUGGCUUCCUCCAUUGCAGUUGGGAAUUAAUGUGUUAGCCUCAUGGACAACAUAAUGCAUGGGAGAUGAAAGAUCUUUGUAAAGAGUCAGUAUUUAUUCCCAGGAAAAGCCUUGUCCUUGCUACUCGAACGCCCAAGACUCAUUAGAGGACAUGUUUGGUGUUCACAUGUGUUUCCUGUCUCCUUUGGAAAGCAGAGAAUUGAAACCUACAAAAGAAUGCCUAGAACAAGAACUUUCCAUUAUUUAAUUUUGCCCAGUAUUUUGAUAUGUGAACUUAAGGCCAGUAGGUCAUAAACAAGUAUAGGAAAGCCAUCCAAGGUUUAUUCAAAGGAGGGAGAACUUUCUGUGUACCUUGUAUUCUCCAUGGAGCUAGAAGUGUAGAACUGGGCUCAUCAUGAUCAUGACUAUGAUUGCUCCAUAAAGCUGUGAAAAGAAAUGAUGGACCUUGCUGGAAGCUAAAGCUUAGCGUACAGUUUUUGUUCACUGCCCACACUUGGGAAUCCAGAGAUUUAUAGAAUUGGGAACUGACUAUAUUUACAAUUUACGGGUUCAAAAAUGAUAUCUUUACUUAUGUGUCUUACAUUUUUUAUUUAGAGGAAAAUUAUUUUAAUCAAAUUCUACUUAGUGAAACCACAUUUUAUGUUUCUUUAUUUUUGAAAUCACAAAGCCAUCAAAAAUAUUUUUAAAAUCUGAAUUAUUGAUAACCUGAAGUGCAAAAUGCCAAAUGGUUAAAUAUAAUCAGUGGUCUGAAUUUUUAUAAAACACAUAACAAAUACUUCUGUGCUUUGGGUUGACCGUUGUAUGCCACAGCUCUGCUUUAUUAUUAUUUUGCAAGAUAGUAACCAUUUUAAUAUUUGAUAAAGUAUAUUUAUGAAUGUAUUUCUUAAUAGGAAAGAUGUCCAUUUUAUUACCAUUUUCUACAUUUUUCAGAAUAUACAAGUUUUUACCUAUAUGUCUUAUAAUAAAAGAAAUAAAAUCUUUGAAAAAAAGGCAUUCUUAAAUGUUAUUCCAUCUCAAACAAGAUAAUUAUGAUUAUUUUAAGGUAACCUUUUAGAGCAAGCAUAAUCUAAAGGGACAUCUAUUAUUUUCGUUUUCAUUAUCUGUUUUAAGGAGUAUCUAUCCCCAACAUCUCGUCCUUUGGAA